AUGGCUUUCCGCCAGUGUGAUUUGAUCGCAUGUGGCACUGCAAAUUCAAUUGCCAAUGGCAAUCACAUUCAUAGGAAACUAAAUAACAUUGGAUUACCACCGAAGUUAAAUAAAAUUAUAAAACAAAUUAUAAACGAAGCCAAGAUAAAAAAGGCAAUCGCCGAAUCUCCUUAUAUCAAUGAAAUCUCAUUAUCGAGCGUGCACAAGACGAAGAAAAAUGAAUGCGAUGACAUUUGUCUAACACCAAAAUGCGUUCAUGAAGCGUCACGCAUUCUGAGUCUGAUGGAUCAAACCGUAGAUGCAUGCGAUGAUUUCUAUAGUUUUGCGUGCGGAAAAUUCGUGAAAGAGACCAUCAAACCUGACGAUGAAAAAGUAUCAGCCAGCACAUUUUUGACAACUGAUGAACAAGUUCUGGAGCAAAUACGUCCAUUGCUUAGAGAAGAAAUUGAUCCAAAUGAUUCAAAAGUGUUUAAUUUGCCGAAAAAAUUCUACAAAGCAUGCAUGAACACAACUCUGAUUGAAGAUCUUGGAUUGAGGCCGGUGCUUGAUAUCACCGAUAAACUUGGUGGUUGGCCAGUUCUCAAAGGUGACGAAUGGGACACUCAGUCGGAAUGGAAUUGGACAUGGGCCAUUAAAGAAUUCCGUAAAGUUGGAUUUAGUACGGAUUAUAUUUUUUCAUUAUCACUUCUUGACGACUCUCCAAUUAUAUUGGGCGUAAGUCAAGCUGCAUUGGGUUUGAGUCGAACAUAUUUGAGCAAAGGAUUUGAUAAUAAACUCGUUAAGGAAUAUUACGACUACAUGGUCGAUUUAGCGGUUAUUUACGGUGCCCACCGCGGUCAAGCGGAACGGGAACUUAAAGAAUCGCUGGAGUUUCAAAUUAAAUUGGCAAAUAUUUCUCUGUCAAGUGACGAUCAAAUAAACAACACAUAUCUAUAUAAACCUUUGCGAGAAAUACAACCGUUGUAUCCAUACAUUCAGUGGGUUGAAUACAUCAAUGCGUUAUUGCCGCCACCAUGGUCAACCGAUGAGAAUUUGUAUCUAUAUGUUGAUGGUCCGUAUUACUUUGAAAAAUUGGGCCAAUUAUUACAAGAAACACCAAAUCGUACCAUUGCAAACUACAUGAUGUUUCGCGUUACCGAAUUUUCAUCGUUCUUCCUCACCAAUAAAUUACGCAGUAGACAAUCGGUUUACCGUACAAACGUUUACGGUGCACAAGAACAAUGGCCUAGAUGGAAGGAAUGUACGGCUAUCACGAGGCAAUAUUUCCCAGUUGCCGUUGGCGCAUUGUAUUUGCAAAAGUACUUUCGACAAGAUACAAAACUUGUCCUGGAAAUGGUAGAUCGAAUCCGCAAAGAACUUGAACUCAUUUUAAAUGAUGCCAGUUGGAUGGACAACGACACACGUCAAUCAGCUAUCAAAAAAUUAAAAGCAAUGUCCACGUAUGUUGGGUACACAGAAGAAAUUAUGAACAUUUCAAAAAUUGAAAAAUACUACGGCAACUUAGAUACUGACGAAAAUGACUAUCUCGCAUCCUAUUUGAAUAUGGAAAUAUUUAUUGAUGAAAAAUUUCAAUAUCUUAAACCGUUAAAUGAAACCAUUUGGAUAGAACAUGCAAGUGAAACGGAUGUCAAUGCAUUUUACUUCACAUACGAAAAUAGUAUAGACAUUCAGGCAGGUAUUAUACAAGGUCAUUUCUUCUCGUCCGAACGCCCGCAAUAUUUGAACUAUGGAGCAAUUGGUACGGUCAUUGGACAUGAAAUAACCCAUGGAUUCGAUAAUAAAGGCAGUCGAUUUGAUUUCAAUGGUAGUUUGGUUGAUUGGUGGAAACCUGAAACAAAGUCACACUUUUCGGAAAAAGUAAAAUGCAUCAUUGAACAAUACGGAAACUUCACUGAGCCGCUGACUGGUCUUCAAUUGAAUGGCACUAAAACACAAGGUGAGGAUAUUGCUGAUAAUGGAGGUGUCAAAGAAUCGUAUCUCGCCUAUGAAAGAUGGGAAAAAGAGCAUGGACCCGAGCGAAGAUUACCCGCUUUGAAUUAUAGCCCCAAACAAAUGUUCUGGCUCUCAACAGCACAAUCAUGGUGCAGUAUAUAUAGACCAGAUGUGAUAAAACUUCAGAUUGAACUUGAUGUACAUAGUUUGGGAGAAUUUCGUGUACUUGGACCAUUGAGGAACUCAAAAGAAUUCGCCAAAGAUUUUAAUUGUCAAAUUGGAAGUCCAAUGAAUCCAAUCAACAAAUGUGAAGUUUGGUAGUUCAGUUGC